AUGGAGAAGGGUCGUUUGUAUGAACUUUACUUGGACAUGAUCGUAUGAGUAUCGAUUGACGACAAAAGCUUGGUGAAGGAGCCUGUUAAAAAACAUCCCUCGAAGCAGUCUUUAGAUAGUGAUUCAUUGGGACCUCAAUUGCCGGAACGUCCACCUAUAGUAACCUUUGAUGAAUGGACCAAGGAAAAGUUAAAAUUGGAAGAGUUGAAGAAAAAUAAUCAGCUUCGAUCUGGAGAGACUAAUGUCCCAAUGAAUGCGCAAGUUCAGAAUAGUGUCCCAUCUUCUCCGAAAAUUGAAAAUAAUGGGGAUAUAAAGUCACAGAAGGAUCCAGCACCUUUGGUUAUUGGCCAUGGUUCUGCUCUUCGAAAUUAUGCUGCAAAAGACUGUGGUGCCAAAGUGUUGUUUAGUAAUGAAGAAGCUGAAAAUCGCGAUAUCCACAAAAACUUCACUAAAAGUUGCAUUUUCUACUGCAAAAACUCCACAGUAUGUUUUCAGAAUGCAGUUCUGAAUGAAAAAGAAGCAGAUGAUUAUAUGCGCAAUCCUUGUGAACGAGCUCAACAUAAAUGGAUUAUUUUCGAAUUAUGUGAAACUGUUCAGCCCAGUAGGUUGGAGCUUGCCAAUUUUGAGUUGUUCUCCUCUGGCCCUCGUGAGAUUCGUGUAUUAGGAAGUGAGCGUUAUCCAUCAAAUGAAUGGGUAACCUUAGGCGAGUUUGUUGCUGAAGAUACAAGAAAAGUUCAAGGUUUUCCUAUAGUAACGAGUCGCGUUUACGUUAAGUUUAUUCGGCUAGAGUUGCUGAGCCAUUAUGGUCGGGAGCACUACUGCACUUUAAGCUUAGUCCGGUUGUUUGGCGUUUCUAUAGUCGACGAAUAUGAAGCAGAAGCUGAGGCUGCAGUUGGCCCAAGUUCUGAACAUGCGGAAACCGUCGUUACUCCACCUUUACCACUUGAUACAUCUCCACAAGUGAAAAAAGAAAUUAUCGAUGAAGAGAUAAAAACUCCUUUGCCAGCUGCAGACACGGUAAUUCCUCAGGAGAGUUCCGCUGGAAGUGAGCAACUUCCUUCCACCGAUACUGAGUCGGCUGCGGCGAAGCAAAAGGAUCGGCAUCUCGUUGACACCGUUGUUGGAGUUAUGGGAAAUAUAGGGAUUGCAAAUCUGAAACAAGUUUUAGAAUCAGCUUUUCUGCGUACUUGGAAGAAGAAAUCUGGUUGUUCAAAAUGCUGGAAUGAUCCUUUGGAAUGGAUGUGCAGAACGUGUCGCGCCCCCGGUUUCUAUGCUCCUGAUCCUUUUUUCUGUCAUGCUUUCUUCGGUGUCACUUACAAGCCGUAUAAAAAACAGCGGAGGAAGUUGGAUUUUUGUGACACCGCAACUGUUGCUCCUCACAAUUCAGUUCCUACAAAAGUAAGAGUGAAGAGGAUUGGUACUACGCGUCGGCUUGGGUCGUUGCAAUCUCAGAGGAUUUUCUUGUCUAGAGUAACUGAUCACAUGUGCCAUCUAGAACCACCGACUGUGUUUGAUAUGAAGAAUGUGACCUCUCUAAGUAGUGAUGGUGUAGCUGAAAACCCGAACUUCACGUCAAAAUUUGCAAAUGUUGUUCCCGUUGCGAAGCCGAAAAUUUCUCAACCUUUACCUGGAGGUACAAUGAGUCACAAAGAAUCAGUGUUUCUGAAGUUGAACAAACGAAUCAGCGCACUUGAAUUAAAUAUGUCUCUCAGCAGUGAAUAUCUUUCGGAGUUGAGUCGAAGAUACGUAGAAAAGGUGAAUGAUAGCGAGAAACAGAUUGAGAGGAUCGUCAAAAUGGCUGAGACGGUUGCACUGAAAGCUGUGCAAGGAGUUAAAUCAGAAAUGGCCAUUAAGGUUGAAAAGUUAUCUAAAGACUUGAAAGAGGUCGAAAAGCUGGUGCAGACGUUAGCGGAAAGUGUUUUCUUAAGACCUGCUUUGGAAAAAAGCACAGUUCUCAAGGAUGAACACUUUCCUUUGGAUUAUGAAACUCAACCAUUUCAGUUCAAAAAACCCACUCGAGUGCUACCGGCUCCUCAGCAGCACCUGUUGUAUUCAAACGAUCAUUUGUGGACGACGGAACAGUUAAUCUUCAUGGUAGUUUUGGCACAAGCUUGCACAGUUUUUAUGAUGCUGGUGGUUCAACAUUGUUAUAAUAAAAGACGUUUCGCUGAAAUCCAGGACUUACGAAAGGUUAUUGACGAGCGUAUAUCCAAAACAGCCGUUGAAAGCAACAGUUUGAGUGGUGAUGUAGGCUCCACGGCGUCUUCAAUUUUAUCUGGAUUUCAACACACUUCAGAUGAUCUUAGUGAUCCCGAACAAACCAGCAGUGUUGCUUGUUCAGAACAAUCGAAACCAAAGUCUGAAGAGAAGUGGGAGGAGGUUGCCGAGAAGAAUGGGGUCUCGUGGGAUGCAGGUUUCACGCCAUCUAUAGAGAGCUUGAGUGACGAUUUCUAUAAAAUGAGGAAUAGAGAAGAGUUGGAUGGAUUGGUAGUUAAAAAGCCUUUGACGAUUCAGCCUCAGAAAAAGCGGUCGCAAUUGGAGUCUUAUGCAGCAACCGCAGUGAACCAGUAUUGGCAGCUUGUGGUUAAACGUCGACGGAAAAAACACAAGAAGAAGUCAUUGAAACAAAAUUCGUAA